CGUGUCGAUUUGAAAAAUGUCGAAUAAUCAACAACCACCUAUUGGUGGUAAAAGCAAAAGCGCGAAGCUUAAAAAGUGGAUACGCUGCUGUCCCAAGGACUUUGAGAAAGAUGUGCCCAAGCCGCCGGCCGUUAGAUCGCAGAGCUGGCCCAGAUACCAGCGACCGGUGCAAUGCAAGCCAAUAGAGCGGCCACCAAAAGUGAAGCCACCGCCUGAGCAACCAGUCGAAUGUGUAAGAUCAAAAUCGUAUCGCUCGUAUGAGGAAAAACAUGCGUAUAUGGAGCAAGAGGUGGUGCCCGUUCUAAUGGAGGGCUUAUUGGCUUUGGCACGCGAUCAGCCAAGAGAUCCCAUAAGCUAUCUGGAAACCUUCUGGGUACGGGGGCAGCACAAGUGUGACAUUCAACUACCGCAGAAUCUUCUAUAGUCGAAUUCAUUCAGUUUCCAUUUCUAUAUUAUAAAUUUCAAAUUGUCGUUCAAGAUGCGCAUCAGUAAAUGUUCUAGUAUAUUAUUCAGAUAUCAGUCAA